AUGAUGCUACCGGCAUUAUGGAGUCUACUUAUUUGCCUUAUCGCUUGGUUGUAUGUAAAAUGGCGAGGAUUGAAAUCGUACUGGGCACGGUUGGGAAUUCCCUAUGUACCAGCUCAACCUUUGGUUGGAAGCUUGACUUUUCUGCAACGAGAAAAUCCUUUUACCUGGUUGCGAAGGGUAUACGACGACCACAACUCUCCAUACGUGGGAUUAUGGCUAUUCCAAAGACCAGCGCUACUCAUCAAUUCUCCAGAAAUUGCCCGAAACGUCCUCGUGAAAGAUUUCAACAACUUUAGAGAUAGGUUUCUAUCUUCUGGCUCAUCUGAUCCAACAGGAGCUUUGAAUUUGUUUACAGUUAACGAUCCUAUCUGGACAGCAUUACGUAAGCGUUUGUCCGGAGUGUUCACCUUGGCUAAACUAAAAAGCCUGCAACCACUCUCCAUUUCUAAAUCAAAUGAACUAAUACAACGCAUUGCUAUGGAAAAAAGUGAAAAUUUAAGUCUUCGGAGUUUGUUUUCCGAUAUAACAACUGACAUAAUAGGAGCUGCAGCAUUCGGGGUGGCUGGAGACGCGACCCUCACAGGCGACAGUCCUAUGCGGGCUGUGACCAGGGAAUUCAUGAAGUUUAGCCUGCAUAGAGGCAUUGCGUGGUGCAGCAUAUUCUUUUGGCCAGAACUUGUUGACAUCUUUAGAUUUACAAUGUUCCCGAAGUCUUCUAUACGAUAUUUUAAAAAAGUCUUUCACAUAUUGAUUGAGCAAAGAAAAGAUAGCGUUGAUAAAGGAGAAGAUCCGAAAGAUUUACUCGGUGCUCUAGUUAAAUUAAGGAAAGAGAAGGAAUGUGAAGAUGUUGUGUUCUCAGAUGAUUUAAUAGUGUCCCAGGGAGCGAUAUUCCUUCAAGGUGGGUACGAUACAACCGCUGUAACACUGGCAUUCGGGAUAUAUGAGCUGGCGUAUAAUCCAGAGUAUCAGGAAAGGUUAUACAGUGAAUUAUUGGAAGCCAAAAUUAAUAAUAAUAAUUCUGAGUUCGAUACGCAAACACUAUCCGAGUUAGUGCAUUUAAAUUGUGUUAUAAAAGAAACACUAAGAAUGUACCCAGCUAUGGGCUGGUUGGAUAGAAUCGCAGCGAACGACUAUCAAAUAGAUGAGAAACUGACCAUUAGAGCAGGAACUCCUAUAUACGUGAACGUUGUCGGAAUGCAUUACGACCCAAAAUACUUCCCUAACCCUAAGAAAUUCAUGCCAGAACGAUUUUUGCCGGAAAAUGAGAAGACGAUAACACCAUACACUUAUAUGCCCUUUGGUGAGGGACCUAGGGCAUGUAUAGGCUCACGCUUCUCAAAAAUGAACCUACAACAUAUACUAUCUCGUAUAAUAAUCGCCUACGAAGUGUCUCCACAACCCAACUCGCCUAAACCGUGUGAUGUGAAAAUGGAGAAACACGCCCUCUUCCUGGCUCCAGGGGAAAAUCUAUACGUUAAAUUUAUACCGAGGAAAUAG